CAGUGCGGCUCUGUGGCGCCGCCGCCGCCGCCGCCCGCGCUGCACCACAGGCCCGAGACAGACAGGGGUCGGCUGGAGAGCCGGAGACUGAGAGGAGGCGGCGGCGGAGGCGGGGCGACUCCGGUGACCGGGAGCGCCUCAGACUGGCAGCUGCGGCGACUCCCCCUUUGUGUCUGGUCUGCUCGGAACCCCUGGAGGUGCUUCCCGGAGGGGCUCAGGGUGUUUCGCAAGCUCUGCUGCCCACCCCUUCCUCGGCCACCUACGUCUGUCUUCCCGCCGCCCCCCGCCCUCGGCCCGCGACGCCCUAGCUCCGCCCGGAGCCCAGAGCUGCGGAGAACGAGGCGGCGGCGGCGGCGGCGGCGGCGGUGGAUUCCUCCGGGGGGGACUGUGAUUCGUUCACGCAAUCGACGGGAGGAGACCGGGCUUUCAUGGUGGAAUUUACUUCAGGCAAGAGCGAGGGGCUGGAGUAGCCGAGAGCGAGGCCCCGGCGUAGCGCCCUCGAAGGGCUAACCCCGCACCUCCCCGCGUGUCGCUCGCCCGGGCUCGCCGCGCCGCCACGACCCUCCCCUCCCCCGCGCCCCGAGGCCCGGCCUGCGCGACCCUCGCGCGAUUGUUCCUAGGAAGCCGUGGGCUCGCCCAUGGAAGCAGGCACCUUUUUCGACCCAGUCGGCGGAAAGGAUUUGUUGAUGUCGAAAUCAGAGUGAAGGAAGCAACGAAGCGAAACUUUAAAAGGAACCCUACUGUCCUCCGAGUCGGGAGCGAUGCGACUCGGGCGGCCGGGCGCUGCUGCCUGCCCUGCUUCGCCCUUCCCGGCGGUCGGGAACUUGUUCUGAUCCUUAGUGCUCCCAUCGAGUCCCCGCCCUCCACUCCCCGGCACUCUGGAUAUGUUUUCUCCCAGAUCUGGCUAUUUUUUUGAUAUCGUGAAACUACGAGGGAAAUAAUUGCAGGGGUUUCUUCUGGGCUCCCUGCUUCUUCCCCACGGACAUGCCUUCAGUUUGGGGAACCGAGGCACCCCGUCCUAGGCGAAUGAAGCCCCCCAGCCACGAGGGAGCGAAAUGAAGGGAAAUUCUGCAGUGGAAUGAGAGCUCUACAAGCUAGGUCCUCGCAUCUGCCAUUUGUCCUUUCAAACUGCAUUGUAAUCCGGGCAGGAUAAAUCAGGAAGAGCAGCCUCCUGGCCGGAUUUCUCACCCGAAUUUACUUUCCUGAUUUCUUUUCUUUGCCCUCCUGCUUCUUGGCUGGCCCAGGGAUGACUUCCUCGCUGCAGCGGCCCUUUCGGGUGCCCUGGCUGUUAUGGGCCGUCCUGCUGGUCAGCACUACGGCUGAACUCUUGAACAUCCUCAGCCUCCAACGUGCUGGAAUUACAGCUUCCCAGAAUCAAGAACGGCUGUGUGCAUUUAAAGACCCGUAUCAACAAGACCUUGGGAUUGGUGAGAGUCGAAUCUCUCAUGAAAAUGGGACAAUAUUAUGCUCCAAAGGGAGCACAUGUUAUGGUCUGUGGGAGAAAUCAAAAGGGGACAUCAAUCUUGUGAAACAAGGGUGCUGGUCUCACAUUGGUGAUCCCCAAGAGUGCCACUAUGAAGAAUGUGUAGUAACUACCACCCCACCCUCAAUUCAGAAUGGAACAUACCGUUUUUGCUGCUGUAGUACAGACUUAUGUAACGUCAACUUCACUGAGAACUUCCCACCUCCUGAUACAACACCACUCAGUCCGCCUCAUUCAUCUAAUCGGGAUGAAACUAUAAUCAUUGCUUUGGCAUCGGUUUCUGUAUUAGCUGUUUUGAUAGUCGCCUUAUGUUUUGGAUACAGAAUGUUGACAGGAGACAGGAAACAGGGUCUACACAGUGUGAGCAUGAUGGAGGCGGCAGCGGCAGAGCCCUCCCUGGACUUGGAUAACCUGAAGCUGCUGGAGCUGAUUGGACGGGGUCGAUAUGGAGCAGUAUAUAAAGGUUCCUUGGAUGAGCGUCCAGUUGCUGUAAAAGUAUUUUCUUUUGCAAACCGUCAGAAUUUUAUAAAUGAAAAAAACAUUUACAGAGUGCCUUUGAUGGAACAUGACAACAUUGCUCGCUUUAUAGUUGGAGACGAGAGGCUCACUGCAGAUGGACGCAUGGAGUAUUUGCUUGUGAUGGAGUAUUAUCCCAAUGGAUCUCUGUGCAAAUAUCUGAGUCUCCAUACAAGUGAUUGGGUAAGCUCUUGCCGUCUGGCUCAUUCUGUGACAAGAGGACUGGCUUAUCUUCACACAGAAUUACCCCGAGGAGAUCAUUACAAACCUGCAAUUUCCCAUCGAGAUUUAAACAGCAGAAAUGUCCUGGUAAAGAAUGGUGGCACGUGUGUUAUCAGUGACUUUGGUCUGUCCAUGAGGCUAACUGGAAACAGGCUGGUGCGCCCAGGGGAAGAAGAUAACGCGGCUAUAAGUGAGGUUGGCACAAUCCGCUAUAUGGCACCAGAAGUGCUAGAAGGAGCUGUGAACCUGAGGGACUGUGAGUCAGCACUGAAGCAAGUGGACAUGUAUGCGCUUGGACUGAUCUACUGGGAGGUGUUUAUGAGGUGCACAGACCUCUUCCCAGGUGAAUCUGUACCAGAUUACCAGAUGGCUUUUCAGACAGAAGUUGGAAACCAUCCCACAUUUGAGGAUAUGCAGGUUCUUGUGUCAAGAGAAAAGCAGAGACCCAAGUUCCCAGAAGCCUGGAAAGAAAAUAGCCUGGCAGUGAGGUCACUCAAAGAAACAAUCGAAGACUGCUGGGACCAGGAUGCAGAGGCUCGGCUCACUGCACAGUGUGCUGAGGAGAGAAUGGCUGAACUCAUGAUGAUAUGGGAGAGAAACAAGUCUGUGAGCCCAACGGUCAACCCAAUGUCGACUGCUAUGCAGAACGAACGCAACCUAUCACAUAAUAGGCGUGUGCCAAAAAUCGGGCCUUACCCAGAUUAUUCCUCUUCCUCAUAUAUUGAAGACUCAAUUCAUCACACUGACAGCAUUGUGAAAAAUAUUUCCUCUGAGCAUUCAAUGUCCAGCACACCGUUGACAAUAGGAGAAAAGAACCGAAACUCAAUUAAUUAUGAACGACAGCAAGCACAAGCUCGAAUCCCUAGCCCAGAAACAAGCGUCACAAGCCUGUCCACAAACACAACCACCACAAACACCUCUGGCCUCACUCCAAGUACUGGCAUGACCACGAUAUCUGAGAUGCCAUACCCAGAUGAGACACAUUUGCAUGCCACAAAUGUUGCACAGUCACUCGGGCCAACCCCUGUCUGCUUACAGCUGACAGAAGAAGACUUGGAAACUAAUAAGCUAGACCCAAAAGAAGUUGAUAAGAACCUCAAGGAAAGCUCUGAUGAGAAUCUCAUGGAGCAUUCUCUGAAGCAGUUCAGUGGGCCAGACCCGUUGAGCAGUACCAGUUCCAGCUUGCUUUAUCCACUCAUAAAGCUUGCGGUGGAAGUGACUGGACAACAGGACUUCACACAGGCUGCAAAUGGGCAAGCAUGUUUAAUUCCUGAUGUCCCACCUGCUCAGCUCUAUCCUCUCCCUAAGCAACAGAACCUUCCGAAGAGACCUACUAGUUUGCCUUUGAACACCAAAAAUUCAACUAAAGAACCCCGGCUAAAAUUUGGCAACAAGCACAAAUCAAACUUGAAACAAGUAGAAACUGGAGUUGCCAAGAUGAAUACAAUCAAUGCAGCAGAGCCUCAUGUGGUGACAGUAACUAUGAAUGGUGUGGCAGGUAGAAGCCACAAUGUUAAUUCCCAUGCUGCCACAACCCAGUAUGCCAAUGGGGUAGUGCCAUCUGGCCAGGCAGCCAACAUAGUGGCACAUAGGGCCCAAGAAAUGCUGCAGAAUCAAUUUAAUGGUGAGGAUACCAGACUGAAUAUCAAUUCCAGUCCUGAUGAACAUGAACCUUUACUGAGACGAGAGCAGCAGGCUGGCCAUGAUGAAGGGGUUCUGGAUCGUUUGGUAGACAGGAGGGAACGGCCAUUAGAAGGUGGCCGAACUAAUUCCAAUAACAACAACAGCAAUCCAUGUUCAGAACAAGAUGUCCCUACACAAGGUGUUACAAGCACAGCUGCAGACCCUGGGCCAGCAAAGCCCAGAAGAGCACAGAGGCCCAAUUCUCUGGAUCUUUCAGCCACAAAUAUCCUGGAUGGCAGCAGCAUGCAGAUAGGUGAGUCAACGCAGGAUGGCAAAUCAGGAUCAGGCGAAAAGAUCAAGAGACGUGUGAAAACUCCAUACUCUCUUAAGCGGUGGCGCCCAUCCACCUGGGUCAUCUCCACCGAGCCACUGGACUGUGAGGUCAACAACAAUGGCAGUGACAGGGCAGUCCAUUCUAAAUCUAGCACUGCUGUGUACCUCGCAGAGGGAGGCACUGCCACAACCAUGGUGUCUAAAGAUAUAGGAAUGAAUUGUCUGUGAGAUGUUUUCAAGCUUAUGGAGUGAAAUUAUUUUUUUGCAUCAUUUAAACAUGCAGAAGACAUUUUAAAAAAAAAAAAACUGCUUUAACCUCCUGUCAGCACCCCUUCCCACCCCUGCAGCAAGGACUUGCUUUAAAUAGAUUUCAGCUAUGCAGAAAACUUUAGCUUAUGCUUCCAUAUUUUUUAAUUUUGUUUUUUAAGUUUUGCACUUUUGUUUAGUCUUGCUAAAGUUCUAUUUGUCUGUUAUGACCACAUUAUAUGUGUGCUUAUCAAAAGUGGUCUCAAAAUAUUUUUUUUAAGAAAAAAAGCAAAAACAAUGUAUUGCUGAUAAUCAGUUUGGACCAUUUUCUAAAGGUCAUUAAAACAGAAGCAAAUUAAGACAGGUUUGACUGCAACGGUGUCUGGUAUCCAUGUUUUAUUUCUGGGCACAAGCUAGUUUAUAUGUUAACGUGUUUUUGACCAUAAUCUGUUGGACAUUCUUCUGUGUUUUAUUUGAAUGUGCAAUAGUCUGUAGACCACAAAGAAGCUUUCUCAUCUGCUCUCUUCCUAGCAGGGCACACAUUCUUCUUCCAUUGUUGAAAGAAACAUUUUCCCUGGUCUUCGACAAUAUGAACAUUUUCCAGCUUUCUCCUUAUGGAGAUGCUUAGACGCUGUCCAAAGGGCUCCACACAGGACUUACCAAAACAUGUAUUGAGAUGCCAUUGUCUUCUAACCUUCCAGUGCUAAGUGUUUCCUUCCAGGCAUUUCACUAAGCAUGUCUGGUUCUGGUUUUGGAAGCUCAUAAGAGAGCAUAGAACAAAACAGAGGAAAGCAAAUAUUAGCCUUCUCCCUUUUAUUUUUCUAUGUUUAUGUUCAUGUCUGUAUUCAUUAUUUAAGAAGUAUUUUUUAUCAAAAAAUGUAUAGAGCUAAACCUACAUGGAAUGUUUAAAUAGCUGGGCAAAGUGAUUAGUAUAGUAACUUUCACUUUCUGACCGUCACAAAUUAAAUCACAUUUCCUAUUUAUAGUAACUUCAGGAGUAAUCGAAUCUAUAGGAUGGUUCCUUGUUUCCCAGCACUGCCUGACAGUUCUAUGUGAAAAAGUGAUUCCUCCUCCUCCCGUGACCUAAAACACUGUGGAAAGCUCCAGCCAGCUCGCCAGAUCCUAUGGAAGAAAGGCUUGCUGCCAACUUAGGGCCGUUGAGCAGACUAAGAUUGGCCCUGUCUUUCCUAACUUCGUUCUUCACUGACUGCUUUUGUAGUUUCUCCCUUUGCCAGUUUCACACGUUCUCUGAUGGCGAGCAGCACUCACUGUUUGUCGUGAUAGAGCGUCUUCUGCUGACGAUGUGCCGUGGCCUUGCUGUCACGAUGCUUUUGCUUCUUUUGUCACUAGUGAUCUCUGAAACAACAGUCUCUGUGUCUUUUAAUAAAGCACUUUCUGUCAAAAAUUUUAGAAAAUUUCCCUAAACAUUGCUUCCUAUCAGUUUGUAGACACUGUUCUCAUGGUUUUCAGAUUCUCAGAAUCCUUAAUAUCCAUUAUCUGACUAUGUUUUCAGUUUUAGCAGGAAGAUAAAAAGUUAAGUGCAAAUCUCCAAAGUCCUGAUUUUGGUUCUUCUGUCCUGAACCAUUUUAAUCCAUUCUCAUUUGUAAUCCUCUUUCCUUCCGUUUAACUCGUACCCGACCUGCCGUGCUUUGACGUGACAGCGUUUUCCAUGUAGUCAGCCGCAGCACUGACGAGAGCUCUCAGUUCUUAGGAUUAGGAUUGUCUUACCUGUGCCCAGGACUCCUUUCUGACUUUUGUGUUUCAUCGGCCCCUCUUGUGGUUCAGAGUCUUAUAUAUAUUUUUGUCUUCUCCAUACAGUUGUUUUUGUUUUUGUUUUUUCUCUAGUUAGUUACUGCCCUUUGUCUAUGUAACAAAUAAUUUGAAUCUUUCACUCAUUUCUUUUGUCCAAAUGGCUUUCAAAUGCAUUUCAGAAUUUUUAUUUUCCAAUUGUAUGACAACUUUAAAUCAUAAUAAAUUAUAUUCCUCCCAUCUUCAAUUUGAAACAUUAAGAAUAAAUGACCCUUUGAGGUCCAACUGAUCUUUUCCUAUCAGAAAAAUUGUCUUACAUUCUGAUACAGUGUAUAUUAGGGCCAGUCAGUUUGAAUUUUUCAAGUCUUUAAUGUUUAAUAAUAGAAUGCUUCAAAAAUUAAUAUGCCAGAUAAAAGAAAUCUCUAUAGUUCCCAUCUCAUGCAAAUGUAUUUAAAACAAAUAAUUCCUUGAACUGCUUGAAGAAUAGGAAAGGUAGUAAGUAUAGGUCAUUUUAAUAAAAUUUGAAAUCUGUACUACACAGCAUGCAGAAAUCCCUUUAACACUAGUUAGAUUUAUUUAAUCUGAUUCUUGAGCCGAAAUGGAAUUUACCACAAAAUUUCACACACAGAAAUUAAUUUUAGGCCUUUUGAAUGAAAGUCAUUUAAUUUAAAAAGAUUUCUAGGGACAGUAAUAUAAUAGGACAUCAGAGUAUGGUUAGUUCCCUUAAGAAUAUUCUAGUUGUGGGGCUGGAGGGAUGACAUAAUAAUAACAGUGCUUCCUGCGCUUACAGAGGACCCAAGUUCAGUUCCCAGCAGCUACAUGGCAGCUCACAACUUCCACAGAAUCCAAUUCCCUCUUUUGGCCUCCACUGACAUGCACAUAACACCAUCCUACCCGCACACACACACACAUGCACAUAAUUAUAAAUGACAACAGUAAACCUUAAAAUACUAGUUAUAUACCAGAGCUAUGUGAUGGAAAUAACUUGAUUUGAAUUAUGUAUAGAGUAAAAUCAUUUAAAUAAAAAUCCUAGCUAAUUUAAAUGUAUAAUUUAAAAAAUACUGCUACUGUAGAAGUUUGUGAAGACAUGCUGAAAACUGGCAUUACAUACACUCAUCUUUUCAUUCUCAGAGCAACCAUUAUUAUAAUUAAUAUUCAUAUUUUACAAAUGAGGAAAUAAAAAUUAAAUGGAAAUCUGUCUGUUUCAUCCCAGACAUACCUGGGAUUUCACCCUGGGUCUGUCUCUCCAUGUGUCUUUUAUGCACAACACAUGGUCUACAUUCUUUAUGAGCUGAUGUGCAGUGUCCUGACAUGUUGUGCUCCAGCAGACGUGUGGUUUGUGUGUAAGCCAGGCCAGGUUCCUUAAUGAUCUUAAGUUAGGUAAAGCUAAAACAGUUCCUAAUUCAAUACAAAAUUCAGCCCACAUCUCAACAGUCGUCUUACCUGUCUCCUAAUAUUUUUACAUUGCAGAAGAAAAGGGAAAGUAAAUGCUAGGAGACAGUGAAGGGAGCAGAUGGAGCGGGAGCUCCCUAACGUGACCCCGUACCUCUCUCGGAAAGAAGACUUUUAUGUAAACUUGCAGUCUUCUCAAUCCUUUGACUCCAUCUUUAAAGCUUCAGUUUUACCAAUGUUAGGAAAAAGUUGUUAAUCCAGAGAACUAAAUAAUCUGUAGAGAGAGUAGAAGGUUAACAUUCGCAGGCUUGUGGAGCUUCUGGAUGUGUGUAUACUUUUUCCAGAACCUGUAUGUUGGUUCUGAAUAUAAGGAACACUCAAAUCAGUGGGAAUUACAAAUUUUAUUUAAAAUAUUUCCAAGUUUGACUUCUGAAUCCCAAAGGAAAAUCUGAUAUGGUACAGCUAACCUGUUUACUCUCUGUUAAUUAGUCAUUUAAAGUGGAAAGAAAAUAAACAUUGGUUUCCUCUUGUCAUGUUUAUGGACAUAAAUAUUUCACUGGGAGUCACUAUUAGAAUUUGAUAUUAUAUUUAUCACAUUUUAUAAACCUAUGUUGAGCUUAGUACCAGUCAUGUAUAUGUUAUUAUAUGAUUAGCCACAGGUUUUUGAAAAUAUAUAAUUACCUUAUAUCCUUAAGUCCUUAAAAGAUUCUGCACACAUUCUAAUUCUACUGUUCUAGACCAGCAUUCUAGGAUGUGUGUAACAACCCCUUAUAGGCCCUAGGAGCCUUUUAGGCUAUAAUAGUUUUAAAUAUUCACACCCUUGACUAGCAGUGGGUUGUGGUGUAUUUUGCUUUUCUUUUUAAGUUUUUUUUAGAUUAUGAACUAUGCAAACUUCAUCCAAAAACUACCUUUCAUGAUCCCUUCCUAACUGCUUUUUGAUUCUUUCAGUCUAGCCAGCUACUUUCUGAACUACUUAACAAAGGUUAUUAUCAAAAAAGACUUUUCUAUAAGUGUCCACAUUAACACUGAGGAAAUCUCCAUGUGCCCAAAGAGGUGGUAACACCUACCUGUUCCUCUCUUUAAGUCCCUCAUGGUUUAUAGCACCUGUCCUCCACUGUCUGACUUGCAGUCAUAUGUCAGGAAAGUUUUCUUCAUACCUGUUCAGUCUCUCUCAUUUGAUUUAAGGUCUGUUUCUCAUACCUAGUAGGGAGAAGAGAAGAGACAGUCAUCCUCUCUAACACUCUUCAGUCAGCUUCUGGCUUCUCAGUUAACACCAGUUCAUCAGAUAAAAUUGUUCCACUUCUUUUAGGGUUUUUUUCUUCUCAAAUCUAUUUUAAUUACUUUAUUUAUAUUUAAAAGCACUAAAAUUCUAUGUUAUAUUCAAAUUAAUUAUGCCAGUUAAUUUAUAUCACAAUAGUUUGAUAGAAUUGAGAAUAAAGAUGUUACCAUUGGAUUUAAUCAUCAGACCACCUGAAAAUCAGCACCUAACAUUUUUGUAUUAUCUAACAUUUUUCUAUUAAAGUAUGUUUUAUGAUUUUUAUAUCUGUACAGAUAUAACUAGAAAGCCAUGCAUAUAUAGUUGUGUAUCUUUUUUUCCAUUAAACGCUAACCUAUGUUGCAGUAUGAUACAAGUAUUAUAUGUUUGGGUAUUAUGAUUGAGCCACAACAAAUAUUACACAUUUUUCUUUAUCAAAUACUUUAUUAAACACUAAAUGCAAAACUAAUUUUCAAAAGCAGACCCUACAAAAAUCAGGUAUUCGUGGUUGUUUUAUAUUUUUGUAGACCACUUUUGAAAUGCUUGUCACUGUUUUUGCAGCAUAGACUGGACUAAAACAGUUUUCAUUUCAACUCUUAAAUGAUUAAAACUAGGUGUUUGCAUAGAAAGGAAAUUCUUAAAAAUUUAUCCCAUGGCAUAUAAAUUUUGAGAAGCUAUACUUUGUGUUAAGAUUAUGCCCCAAAUAAAUCUAUUGAGUCUUUUUAAAAUUUUCCAUUUUGUUAUUACUGAUGUUUGUGGUGUUUCUAAUGAGCAUUGUAAACAUACAUAUUCACUUGUAAAAUGUAGUUUGCAGCCCACAUUAAAAUCUGGAGCAGAAAGAAUAUUUAGAAGUAUUUUUGCUUCAUUAGAAUGUCUAGUUUGUAAGUGAAUUUAAAAAGAAAAUUGACUGUACUUGAAUUUACAACUUGACUGUUCUUUCUUUUUAAAAUGCUUUUCCCCCAUUUAAUUAGUAUUUUAAGUUCCAGAAACAUCUUCAUGGUUUGGAAUCACUUUUAGACAUAGUAUUACUUAAAAACUCAGGGCCCCUUUCAACUGUUUGUACACUGAAAGAGUUCAGAUGCUAACAAACAAGCAAUUAGAUCUAGUUGAAUAUUUAAAAGUAUUUGUUGCAUAGUAAUGUUUCAUCAUAUUAUUUGACUUAAUUCACAUCACAUGAUGUUUGAUUUCAUUAAUCAUAAAACUUGCCCAGUUCUGUAAUUACUGUACAGAAGGAAUUACUCAACUAAUUGGCCACAUGUUACAGCAGAUUUAAGCCUUGGAGUUGAAGCACUGGCUUAAACACUUUCUGUUCUUGGUUCUGUGGAUGUACGUGAUGGGGCAAAUGUUUCAUUCUGUUUUGUUUUUUAAUAUCAAGAUUAGGAAAGGUAAUUCUGACAUGGAAUUUCCUCAUGGGAUAAUUAGCAUUAUAAGACUUUCUAAAAGUGAGCAGCUGUCGUUGGUGACAGCUCAAUGUCUUUGAGAAGGUGAGCUAUGGUGACCAGCUUUCCACACUGUCAGAGGCAAACAGUUGUUCUUUGAGUUGACAAGCUCAAGUUCUCAUUGGUCCGCUGUAUAUUUAAAUCUUAGCAGUGAGUUUCUUGUAAUCAGUCUCUUGUCUCAGUCUCCCCGCCUUGUUAUCAGUCGUAAGCAUAUAAAAGAAACAUUUGUAAAGAUGUAUAAGAAUAAGAAAACUAAUGACUAAAAAACGCAAUUCAAAGCAAUUAGGUUUCAAUUUAAUCUUGAGUUGCUUCACUUCUGUGGCUUAUUUUUUUUUUCUAGUAACAUUUAUUUAUUUAAGCAGUGUUGUAUGCCUUCUCUUUAUUUCCAUAGAGAUUAUUGUAUGGGCUUGUGUAAGCUGGAAUCAUUCUUAAUUUUCUGUUGCUAAUUUUUCAGAUGACUUUACAUGGAUAGCUGUAAAAUAACUCUUAGGGUGUUAUAGCUGAAACAUUGGCUGGAAGACGUGUAGCUGCCAUGCCUUUUCUGAAUGGACAGGAGAAACAGAAGCUACCAAGUAUUCACUUCUGAGGAUGCUUUUCCGGAAAAGAAAGGCUGACAAUACGGGCACUUCCUCAGAACCCUCCUUCUUGUUAACGGGUAUCUUUCGUUGGUGUGUUUUGCUCUUACAUUACAGAUAGACUAUUGUGUGUGAAUUUAUGAGUAAUUACUUUCAGUUAUUUUGCUUUUGUAUAAGCCAUCUGAGACCUUGCCAUGCUGUAUAAGUCGUGUGACGGAGCAGUGUGAGUGUGAGUACAGCAGAUCACUCUCCUUUUGUAUUAUCUAUGGAUGCCACUAUGAACGCUGACAUUAAGCCACUGAAGAGUUUUCUAUGAAUAAGUGUAAGUAAAUGCUUUGAUAUAUAUAAACCUAAAUAAACAGAUUGUAUUGAGACAGAGACAUUGGCCAAGGAAGUUUGAAGGUGGUUCUUUAGGUUUAAAAGGCUUGCUGUAAAAUGGUGCAUUAUUCCACUUAUUAAAGAUCAUAUUAAUGACAA